AUGUCUGGACCGGGAAAACGUAAAAUCGGACUCACAAUCACCAACUCUGAACAAAACAGAAGCAUAAUAGGGAAACGUGUACAAAACACUCCAUCAUCAAAUCAUUCUUUUAGCUUGAGAGAUGAAGACCUAGAGAUAAAUGAAGAACCACAUACUAAUGUACAAUCAUCUACAAAAACAUUGAAGAGAAGUGUUGGUUUGAAGCACCCACUUGCAUCAACAAUUGCAUCAACUGCCUAUGAAAAACAACCUGCCUUAGAAACGAUUGAGACCAUUCUGGAUGAGGAAUAUGAGCAAAUCAAUGAUCACGUUUCAAACAAAAUGCCAUCAAAAGGAGCUUUGGCAAAGAGGAAAAAUACCAGAAAUAUUAGCUUAGCCGAGAAAAGGGAUGCCAACAUAACUCAAGUCGUUCAGCUUGAUGAAACAGCAAUCCGUAUAAUUGGCCCAGGUUCACAGCACUUCAUCACUGAAUUGGGAUGUGUCGUGGGCAAGAUGGCUGACUUCACUUUAGAGAAUUUCCAAUCACAACAUAAUAACCUGAAAGAUGCCAUCAUUAAGAAUGCAUCGGAAGAGGCAUUGAUGAAUGUCCCAACUGGAAUGGAUGCUCAUAACUGGGAUGAAAUUUGCAAUAAAUUUGACAGUGAUUCCUACAAGAAACUAUGUACAAGAAACAAGGCUAAUCGUGCACAUCUUACCAUCACAAAUGCUAAUGGAACCAAAUCUAUUGCUAGAAUGAUAGAAGAAAUGGCUGAAUUGAUUCGAGUGAAAGACGUCAUUGGUAUGACCCCAGCUGCAGUUUGUGAACAAGUACUUAAAGGUAUUCCCGGUCAGGCACGGGGACGGUCUGUACCGAAGAAGCGAGUUAUAGCUCUACAAAAAAGUCGGUAUGAGAUUGAGAAGGAAAAAAAAAGAGCUGAUGAAGCAGAGAGAAGCAGAGAUCUAUUAGCUGAAGAAGUUGCUGCUUCUAAAGAGGAAUACAAGAAACUUGAGGAGCGUCAGAGGCUCUCCGAUGAGAGCGUCGCCGCAAUGCAAAGGAAACUUGAUAAACUCAUGGAAUUCAUGCCAAGUCAAAAUGUAAGUUUUUGA